AUGACACAACGGUCAAAAGCUAACGUAAAACAGCGUUUCAAUCGUAUGUUUGUUGAAAGUAGCGAUUAUGAUUAUCAGGAAAAUGUAAUUUCAAAGCAACCAUCUAAAAAAAGCGGUGAUCCAUUUCCAUUCGAGAUACUUUUGACAAUCAUUUUAUCUGUUGUGUUUGCUCUUUUUGUCGUUGGAUUUGUUGCUACUCGAUUUUUGAUUAAUACCAAUCGACGAAGAAAAGAUUCCAAAGAUUCAAAUUAUAGUCUAUCAAGAUAUUGGCGUCGUCAAUUGGUAUCAGUUUCAUUCGAUAGUAUUAAUCCGUCGACAUCAACAAAUAUUAAUACAGUUCUGACUCAUCAUGAUACAAACGAAAUGUCUCGAAUCAUGAAAAGUUCAUUUUCAUGGCCUGAAGCAACACUACUUCAUCAGCAAAAACAACAACAUGAUAAAGAAGAAUUCUCAUCAAUAUUAUCAUCUUCAUCAUUGUCGAAUUCUUCAACAAUGGAGCAUAUUUAUGAACAAGCUUCAUUAGUAUUCGGUCUUCGUUGGGACGAAACUAUAGGCUCACUAUUUGUUCGAGUUAUCAGUGCACAGAAUCUGUUUGUUCGUCGGCAUCAUCGAAAUCCAACACUGAUCGAUUCCUAUGUACGUAUAGAAUUAAUAUCAACGGAAAAUGAUAGUGUACAAGAGUCAUAUCAAUCAAUGCGUACGCAUAUUGUUAAGAAAGAUACUCAUCCAAUUUUUGACGAACUAUUUGAAUUUUCUAACAUUCGUCAAAUUAAUAAUUCUAAUAAAUUAUCAUUUCUUUUUACUGUAUUAACGUAUGAUACAUUUACGCGAGAUGAAAUUCUUGGUGAAGUUAUAUUUUCUAUUAUUUUACCUGAUGGAAUUACACAAAAUGCUCUAGGAUCAAAUGAAAUAAUAUUUACGCAAGGCAUAACACCUCGACAUAGACAGUUAUCUAAUCAACAACUUGGCCAAAUGCUUAUAUCAUUGUGUUAUCAACCAAUAGACAGUACCAUAACAUUAAUUGUGUUAAAAGCAUCAAAUUUGCCUCGUAUAGGCGCUACACGAUUAAUAAAUCCUUAUUUUAAAAUUUAUAUGUUCUAUAAAGGACAACGCAUAAUUAAAAAGCGAAGCACGAUUCAACGAUCAACACAAUGUCCUGUUUACAAUGAAUGCUUUACAUUUCAUAUACCUGAUAAUGAUUUAAAAAAUACUCAUUUUGAUAUAGUAAUAUUAGAUUAUGAUCAUCAUAUGAAGCAUGAACCGAUUGGCACGUUUUCCAUUGGGAAUAAUACUAAUGCAACUAAUCAGCACUGGGAUGAUGCAUGCCAUCGGCAAAUAGCGAAACAAAUAGCUCAAUGGUAUCAGCUAAAACCAUUCAAUACGUUCAAUUCUUGA